AAAAAUAUCACACAGUUGAAUGUCGAGUUCAAAGACCCAAACGUGUUUGAUAACAGAUUAAAUAACAAAAAUUGUCUGUCAGACAACGACGUUCUUGAUGCGAAACGUAAAGCUACAUAUAUAAUGUACAGGCAGAAACAACAGAAAAAACAGCCAACCGCCAAAGAACACGUCGAAAUACUUUUGAGAUUUAAGAUUCGUGUUUUCCUAUUUUCUUCCACCGACGUUGCUGUAGUUGAAACAACCGUUUCGUCCACGCGUUUUGACUUCGCGAUUUUAAAUAUUUUGUAA